CUAUAUUUAAUAUCUUUAUUUAUUUACAGAAGAAAGAAGAAAAAGAAAAAAAAAAAAGAAAAAGAAUGGGUGCCAACACAUCUAAAAGUAGUUCCUCAGUUAAGAAUCUUAAUAUAAAAAGUGCUAGUCGACCUAGUAGUCAAGAAUCAAAAUAUGAUGACCUUGUAGAUUUAGGUGCCGUAUUUCCAAAUGGACUUUAUACGGCAACUGAACAAGAUUAUGACCCUCGUAUUGUUCGUAACUUAAUUAUGGCAAGGAAAAUAGCACCAUUUUAUAAAGGUUUACCCGAUGCUCCCGAAACAGUAGUAACAGAAAUAGAAGAAGAAUUAUUAUCUCCUCCUUCAACUACUACUAUUACUUUACCACUUCCACAGUCAUCUUCUUCAUUAUCAACUAUCUCUGUUAAAAAUAAUAAGCCUCAAGGUAGACCUCGUAGUAUAUCCUUUAAUAAAGCAAUGAAAGAUAAUAAAAACAACAACACAACUCAUUAUGACCCUUUUCUUGAAAGAAAGAAGGCAUACGUAGAAAAGAUGAAACAAAGAGAAAAAAUGCUUUAUAAUGAUGCCGUAGAGUGUCCUAUUUGUUUUCUGUAUUAUCCUGCUAAUAUUAAUUAUUCUCGUUGUUGUGAUCAACCUAUUUGUACAGAAUGCUUUGUUCAAAUUCAUCGUCCUAUCGAAACUCCUUCCAUUCCUGCCACUUGUCCCUUUUGUAUGCAAGAGAAUUAUGGCGUACUUUAUGAACCCCCAUUAUGGAGUGAAAAAUUUCAAGGUCGUCCCAGAAGUAGCUCUCAUAGUACUGUGUCGGGAACUCGACAUACAACUUCAGGUAUUGGUGAAUCUGAUAUGCCAAGACGAGAAAGUGUAAGUCAUGAGAGUCCAAAUGUUGUCUUAGUUGAUCAUAUUAGACCAAAUUGGAAUAAAGUGACUCCACCAUUAUCCAAUGCAGCGAGAGUAGUUUCUAGAAGGAAUUCAGCAUCAGCAGGUACUGGUGGAAGAGGAAGAAUUAGUAUUAGUACCAGUAGUAGCAGCAGUAAUAAUAAUAAUAGCAGCAGCAGUGGUAAUCAACAGAGUAGAGGACGUAAUAAUUUGCUUAGAGUAGCAGGUGUUGGUUCACUUUUGACACGGUCAGGGCGAUCAGCCUCUUCUGCAGCAGCUACCGAAUAUAAUCAAUUCUUAUCCAACAUGAGAGAUGCCAAUAUGGAUUUAGAAGAUUGGAUGGUUAUGGAAGCAAUACGCUUGUCUCUUGCUGAGCAAGAGGAAAGGGAAAGAAAAGAAGCAAUGAUGAAACAAAAGAAUAUAAAGACUGAAGAAGAAAGAAGGAUAGAGGGAGGCGAAAAUUCAUCAACAAAACCAACUUUAUCAACAACAUCUUCUGUACAGUUAUGUGUUCAAAGUCCAAAUGGUAGUAGUGAAGGCUCUUCGUCGUCUACUACUACUUGAGGGUAAAAUAAAAAAAUUUUUUUUUAAUGUAUGCAUAUGUGAGUUCAUAUAAUGUAC